AGUAAAUGAUUGAGGCGUUUAGUGCUUACAUUGAAUGAUAAAUAAGAUAUUAAAACAAUUAUUGAAUUAAUAUUAUAUUAAUUGAUUGAAUGCAUUGAUUUGCAAAGUGUUUAAAGCAAUAGUCUAUUGAUUGUAUAAUUGAGUGAUUGUCUGAACAUUGAAGUCAUGUCUGAAUCAAAUCUCAAGCAAUUGUUUGCUUAUAUAGACUCGCAUUCAAAUGACUACAUCAAGAAUUUAGCCGAAUGUGUGGCCAUUAAGAGUGUGUCGGGACAGAAGGAUACCAGAGAUGAUACCAUUUCAAUGGUUAAGUGGAUGCAAAAGCAAUUGACAGCUGAGGGUGCUAUCACACGGUUGGUUGACAUCGGCGAACAGACAUUUCCCGACGGUACUAAACUACCGCUGCCACCCGUCCUGUUAGCUGAAUUAGGUUCCGACCCUAAGAAAAAAACACUGUGUGUUUACGGCCAUCUGGACGUACAGCCGGCUCAUAAAGACGACGGUUGGGAUACCGAUCCAUUUGUUUUGACUGAAAAAGAUGGCAAACUAUACGGAAGGGGUUCUACCGAUGACAAGGGACCAGUCCUCGGAUGGCUUCAUAUUAUUCAAGCUUUUCAUAAGUUAAACAUUGAAAUACCCGUCAAUUUUAAGUUUGUUUUCGAGGGAAUGGAGGAAUCGGGUUCAGAAGGACUCGAUGACCUGAUCCGAGCGGAGGCCAAAAAAUUUCUCAAUAAUGUUGACUAUGUCUGCAUUAGUGAUAAUUAUUGGUUGGGAACUGAGAAGCCGUGCCUUACUUAUGGAUUGAGAGGUCUCUGCUAUUUCUAUGUAGAGAUCGAGUGCGCCGCCAAAGACUUGCAUUCAGGUGUUUACGGCGGUUCGGUUCACGAAGCGAUGACCGAUUUAAUCCAAUUAAUGGCUAAAUUAGUCGAUAAUAAGGGAAAAAUACUUAUUCCCGGGAUUAUGGAUGACGUGAUCCCAUUGACACCUAAUGAAGAGAAAUUAUAUAAUCAAAUUGAAUUUGAUUGCAAACAAUUUGCUAAUGAAGUCGGAACUGAUAGACUGAUUCAUUGCGAUAAAGUUAAGACAUUAACACAUCGCUGGAGAUUUCCAUCACUUUCAUUACAUGGAAUCGAAGGGGCCUUUUCAGGUGCCGGAGCCAAGACUGUUAUUCCCCGUAAAGUUAUCGGAAAGUUCUCUAUAAGACUUGUUCCCRAUCAAAAUCCCGAUAAAAUAAGCAAACAAGUCAAUGAUUACUUAACCAAUGAAUUUAAGAAAAUGGACAGUCCUAAUAAAUUGAUAGUUCAUACACCUAAUGGUGGCAAACCAUGGGUUGCCGACACAAAUGAUGCUAACUUUACUGCCGGAAGAAAAGCUAUGCAAUUGGUUUUUGGCGUUGAUCCAGAUCUGACCCGUGAGGGCGGAUCAAUACCGGUUACAUUGACUUUUCAAGAGGCAACCGGCAAAAAUGUAUUGCUUUUACCUAUGGGUGCCAGUGAUGACGGGGCUCACUCUCAAAAUGAAAAAAUUAAUAAAAGGAAUUAUAUUGAAGGCACUAAAGUGUUUGCCGCUUAUGUCUAUCAAUUGGCACAAUUGAAUUAAUUGGUUUUUAUCUAU